AUGGGAAACCGGUACAUUCAGAGGAGUCCGAUCCAAGAGUUCGCGAUGCCGGAUGGAUUCGACCUGCAGCAGCAGCAGCAGCAGCAACAGCAGCAGCAGCCAGGAAUCAAAUAUUCCGCGGCUUAUAUGCAAGCGGCGUACGCCGCCCAGAACGGCCAGGGAUAUAAUAGAAAUUUAGGAUGGAACGGCGGCGGCGGUUACCAGGGUGGACAUAAUGUUUUCAACCCGUACCAGAAGCUCGGUUACGGUUACCAAAAUCCGACCGGGUACAACGGGCAACAUCCCGUCAUGGGAUUCGCGGACGGCGGCGGAGGAGGUCACCAUCAGUUGUUCGGUUUACCUCAACAGCCGGUCCACCAUUUCGUCGGUAACAAGAGGAUUAGAAUAUAA